AUGUAUACAUCUGUUUCAAAGAUUUUCGCCUUUGGCCUCUUGGUCUCUGCCCCAUUGGCCAAUGCCCUUGCCAUUCCUUCCCAAUCUCAGGACCUGGCCCGCUCUGCCGACUCCCUUGAGGCUCGCCAUCACACAGAAGCACAAAUUGCUGCAAGUUCUCUUACAUCUGUACAGGUUCAGAAUGGUUCUAAUAUCAAGCAGGCCAAGAAAGCAAAGGCUGCAAAGGGUGCCCGUGAUGUUGUCAUCGAGACCCGCCAUCACACUGAAGCUCAAAUCGCAGCCAAGAAGGCCAAGGCGGCCAAAUCUGGACUUUCUGUCGAGGAGCGUGAGCCUCAUCACACAGAAGCCCAGAUUGCUGCUAAGAAAGCCAAAGCCGCUAAGGCUGGACGCAGUGCCUUGACCGAAGAAGAGAUCGAGGAAGAUGAGGAUGACGCUCUCCUGACCAGCCUCGCUCCCGGUGGAGAGAUCAGAGCUCGCGAGGCUCACCAUACUGAGGCGCAAAUCGCAGCCAAGAAGGCAAAGGCAGCAAAGGCCGGACGAAGCGUUGAGGAGCGUGAAGCUCACCACACCGAAGCCCAGAUUGCUGCAAAGAAAGCAAAGGCUGCUAAGGCCGGACGAAGCGUUGAAGAGCGCGAGGCACACCACACUGAGGCGCAAAUCGCAGCCAAGAAAGCCAAGGCCGCCAAGUCUGGAUAG